GUACUUUUUUAAACAGACAUUGAGUAUCGUGAAUUCGUCAUUCAUAAAUCACAGUUAAAGGCAGUUUAAUGAAUUAAAAUAUUAUGCCAAGAGGUGUUAUGAUACAUGCCAUGCAUCAAUUUAAUGAGUUCAAUGACACUUAUAUCGAUAACAAAUACGAUAUAUCUGACGAGCAAUAUUAUUAUGGCUCUAACAAACGCAAAAGGAAAACUGCUGCACCUCAGAAACGUGAAACAACGGAAGAAGACUCAAGAGAAGAUGUCAAAAUGAUAUUUAAAAAUUCACCAUUUGGCCCUAUAAAUUUGGUUACAAAAGAAAAUAAUGUUCUUCCUUCCUCUUUAAAUGGUACAGAACGCUCAAGUGAAAUAUUAAGUGAUGGCAAUAUAACUGCAUCUCCGGAACACGUUAAACUUUAUGCUGCUAUGUUAAAUUAUUUUCUUUUGAAGUAUAAAACGUCGAAUGAUUUAAAAAGUGGAUCGUUUUCUACGUGCCCAUCAUUAGCGGAAGUCAAUCAUGGUUUCGAUAAAACAUCAGGCAGUUCUCUUUCCAACAAUCUGUCAAACUUAUUUUAUUCGACCCAUUUGAAUCAUUCUACAAAUCCUGUGACAGUUACUUCGAACAAGCAAAGCCCUUCUAAUGGAUCUUAUAAUGAUGAGCUCUACUACUCAAAUUCUAAAGAAAUUGAUAAACUUUACAAGCACAUUUCUACAAAAUAUGAAGCGUACUUAGAUUGGCGGCAGAAUGUUAUAAAUUCUAUUAGCACUUGCAUAACUAAUAUACCUGUUCCAAAAUCUAAUUGUCCAAAUUAUGAAGCCAUGUCUGUUUGUUAUAAGUCGUUAAUAGACAGAGCUUACGCUUUACAACAAUCUGUGGAAUUAUAUUUUGGAAUGAUCCAAAAUUCUCUCUCUUAUAAUUCACUUCCACACCAACAUUUAGAUGAUGUCACUAUAAAUUCUCCAGUUCACAAUCCCACUUGGGGUGGACAGACAAAUAAUAUCACUAACUUUCCAGUUCAACCACCGUACACCUCAAGCUCAUAUUCUUCAGUAAAUUUGUCAGCUGUUCUUACCGAUAUUUUUCAGUCUAAUAACACUGCAGUCAGUAAUCAAGAGUUGAUUAAUGAGUACAAACGAGUUUCCGGUGUGGCUUUUGAACAGUCUAACCAGCUUCCGAGUACUUAUGUCUCUGAGAGUCAAGCCCAAACCAGUUUACAGUUACCAGUGGACUUGACAAACUCAGAAAAAAAUAAAACCACCGAUCCCUUUAUUUUAACUUUGCCAUCACAUGUUGAGGCAAAAGCACACAACUCAGAUAAGUCAAAUAAAGAAAACCAUGACUAUUCCGCAAGCAAAGAACUCGAUAGGUGUGAUCCAGCACAAAAGUCUGAACACAGUCGAAUUCCAACUCUGAAAGGAGAUGGAGAAUAUUCAUUCUCAAAUGCUACUGAACACAACAUGGUUUCUAACGUCGAUGUUCGAAAUGGUUUUGUUUCUCAAAAUCUAAAGCACGCAGCCAGCAAUAUGCUAUGUAGCUCAAUUAUUAAUUGCUCUCCAAGAUCUAAUAUAAAUAUAAGAAAAAAGGUUUACUUUAAGUCAAAGCGUGUAAAAAAAUCAUUUACAUCAAAUUCGGUGCAGAACAACAGCAACGUUUGUCCGGAAAACUCCUCUCCUAAGAAAUCCAAUUUCAGAGGGACUAGCGAGGAGGAAAAUAAAGUAGCUCCUAAUUUCAAACCAAUUGAAGUGAAUAGUCAAAUAUUACUAUCUGAAGCUCAUCCAAAUGUGAAAUUAUCCAAAGAUAUAUUUUAUAGUUUAAUUGUAAAAUCAUCUGGAAGUGCUACGCGAUUAAUCAGAUUACUGAUGAAAAGUUUUUUUACACAAGAUGAAUUGGCUGCUUCAUCAUUAUCUGGUGAAGGUAUUUAUAAACAGCGCCUAGAACCAAGUGUUACAGAAGCAAUUAAAAGUAAGUAACCUAUCCAUUCCUUUCUUAUGAAUAAUAAAAAUUACAUUUAUGAUCAAAUUUACUAAAAUUUCAUACCUAAUAUAACCCAGGGAAGUUGAUUUUUUGUUUCAAAAACGACCCUCUCCUAUUUUCUAAACUAUGAAAUUUACAUGAAAUCAUAAUGUUUGAGAUAUACUAUUAACAAAAAUUUCACCAGCAGCUGAAUCAUUUGGAGAAGAAUAUUGUAAACAAUCAAACUGGUUAAAGUUGAACGAACUGAUAUUGAGAAAAUAUAAGUAACUCAAAGACGGGAUCUAAUAAAACUAAAUUAGCCAAUACUAGACAUCAUAAAAUGAAGUACUUGGCUUAUUUUUCAAAUAAAAUAUAUUAAAAAUAAUUGUUAGUCGGGUUAAGACAAGUAAACCCUCUGAAAUGAAUUCUUACUUCGUCACUUAGUUUAAACGGACAAUAAAUUACAUUAAAACCAAAGCAAUAUUUUUAGUAGUUAUUGUUCGGUUCUUUCACAGUAUAAAUAUUUUUGAUUCCAUUCCGUUUCUAGGGUCAGUGCAAUUAAAAGAUGAUCUAUGUGUUCUUAAACCAUCUUAUUUUAUACAAGUUUGUCAAUAGUAAACAAUAAGAUUGUUUGAAUGAAUACUUAUUUUGGAAACUAUAAAUUAACCAGAAUCUUGAAAUGAGAGUAAUUCUAGUCCAUUUAAAUGAUAUCAGUUAAUGAAAGCUUUCAUGAAAAUUACCAUCUUCGUUUUAAGUUAGUAUUCAGAAAAUCUCCCACUAAAGUAUUUUGUGCAAGACAUAAAGACAACCCAUUUUACUAAAAAUUAGCUAGAAACAUAAUAUCAUUGAAAUUAUAAACCGAUUUAAGUUAGAUCACCGUGUAAAAUCUGAAGGUACUAGAUGGUUGCAUCGUUCUAGUAUGGAACUGUUCAGCAACACGUAAUCGCGAUUCCACAUGCGGGUCCCCAACUUAUCACAGGUUUCGUGCGCAAAUACUUAACCUCUAGGCCAAUGAAUCUGCAUCCAGCAGUGCUAGUCUUUAACUUCAAUUAAUCCACGACAUUGCAUGAUCAUCUUCUAUUACCUUCGGUAGGUAACUACCCCACACUUAAAACAGAUUAGCUCUCCCGGUCAUGCAAUGGUGUGGAUUGAUUGGGGCUAAACAUUAAUACAAUCGGAUUUCAGCUCAUUAGUCUAGAGGUUAAGGGUUUGCGCGUGACAUCAAAGGUGCUGAGUUGGGGUCAUAUAUGCCAGACUAUGUUUAUGCACUGAUGAGGAGUCACAUACUAAGACGAGACGGUCGUCUAGUGCUUCCAGGUAUUCAAUAGUGGUCUAACUUAGAUUGGUUUACGAUUUAAAUGAAAUUCAACAAUCUUCAUUGCCACCAUCACAAAAACAUGAUAGUUGAUAAUAAGUCAAAUACAACUAAUCAGAAAAGCUGUAUAUGUUAAUAUUACUUUCAAAUGUUUUAUGAAUGUAUGUUUUCAAAGUGUGCUUAGAGUUUAUUCCCCCUACAUUCACAAUGAAACAUUUUAUUGAUCCAUUAUUUGAGACGUGGUUAUUUUCUCCUUCAUAAUUAUCAUUUAAGAAUUGCAGUUUAGCAGUCAAGACAACUAUCGUAAUCUAAAACAAUUAACUCAAAAUUAAAUAACAACGAAAAGAAACAAAAGUUUGUAUUCUGUAUGUAAAUAAACAAUAACUAUCGAAAUUAGUUUCCUUCAGUUUCUCUUGCCCACCAUUUUCCCAUCAAUUUAUUUUGAUUCUAAAUAAUGACAACAAAAUAUGAUACAAUCCAUC